AUGUUUGCCAAGCUUUUUGCCUUUGUUUUGACUUUGAUCGUCGCUAUUUCAUCGGUCGAAUCAAGGCCGUACCACGACGCUUCGAUCAGUGGCAGUCUAUUAAGCGCUUGGGGUGGAAACCUCGACAACUCCUACAAGAACCAGUACCAGGCUCCAACUUACACCAAUAAUGGUAAGUUUUUACUUUUUAAUUUCCAAAAUUUAGUUUUUAUGAAAUUUUUCAUACAGUUUAUUACCUAAAUUUCAAAAAUCAGUGUUAAAAAUAAAGCCUUAUCUAUACUUUACUUACAUUAUUAAUUUCAGUACGAUUUGCUUACCCAUACUACUACAACUGGCAAAAGUAG